AUGGUGUUCUCCGAUAGAACGCCGGCCAGACCUGGACUGGAACGAAAUACUAUGGACAGCUUUGCGGGCACACACCGCCCGACAGAAGGCAUCUCCCUCCCCGAGGUCCGCGCCCAGGUGAAGAAGCUCGAGGAGGACUACCGUGCCGCAGGCAUCCCUCUCUCUGGCAGAAUCAUCCACGUCUGCCACUACCUCCCUGUCCAUGCGUCCUUCGCAACCCUCGCUUCCGCCCAGGGCCUCCCCAGCCCACCCGCGACCCCCACCGCCAAGCCCACAGACAUCGCCUUCGAGCCCAUCGCACAGGUCUCCAUUACCGCGGAGGAGAUCGACGGCGUGCCUAUCAACGAGUCGCAGCCUAUCGACCCCCGCGACAGAUGGUCUCUCUCCGUGCGCUAUGGCCAUUCCGCCAUGGUCAGUGGCAUAUCUUCGCUCUCUGCAACGCAUGAGCAGCUCCUCAUCGGCUGGACCGGAGAUAUCGACACAGUGCAUCCAGCUACGCCCGCGCUCAUUGCCCCGUCCCCGGCGAUUCCCGGUGUCGUUGAGCCCCCGAGCGGGAGGGUGCUCACGUCCCAGCUUGAGGACAGAGACAAGCAGGGUCUCGAGGACCUUCUUAAUACCUAUCGCUCCCGCGACGAGGUCUCGGAGGGCGGCAAGAAGAUAUCCUACAUCCCAGUCUGGCUCGACGACAAGCAGGCGCACGAGCACUACGAUGGCUAUUGCAAGCAAACUCUCUGGCCACUGUUCCACUACCUCCUCUGGCAGGAUGUCGCAACGGAAUAUGCAUCGGCGGACGCGCACUGGGAGCCCUAUGCCGCGGUGAACGCUGCAUUCGCACGGCGCGUCGAGGAGGUGUACAAGCCUGGUGACCUGAUAUGGGUGCAUGAUUAUCACCUCUUGCUCGUUCCCGGUCUUCUCCGCCAGGCGCUUCCCGACGCGGCCGUUGGGCUGUUCGUGCACACGCCGUUUCCGAGCUCGGAGAUCUUUAGAUGUCUCCCGCGGCGGAAGGAGAUCCUCGACGGCAUGCUCGGCGCGAACCUCAUCUGCUUCCAGACGUACUCAUACUCGCGACAUUUCACGUCGACAUGCGUGCGCGUGUGCGGGUACGAGAUUACACCGCAGGGCGGGAUUGACGUGCAGGGGCACGUCGUGGCGAUCGCGUACUGCCCCGUCGGCGUGGACGCGGAACGUGUCAUGAAGGAUACGCUCAGACCCGGCAUACAGCCGAAGCUAGAGGCACUCCGCGCGCUGUACGAAGGGAAGAAGAUUAUUGUGGGGCGAGAUAAGCUGGACGUUGUGAAAGGUGUCGUGCAGAAGCUGCGAGCAUUCGAGAAGCUGCUGCAGGACUAUCCGCAGUGGAUCGGGAACGUGGUGCUGAUCCAGGUGACGUCGCCGGCGCUGUCGGACUCGCCGAAGCUGGAACGGCAAGUGUCGGAGCUCGUCGCGCACAUCAACGGGGAGUACGGCUCGCUGGACUUCAUCCCCGUGCACCACUAUCACCAGACGAUCAAGAAGGACGAGUUCUACGCGCUGCUGUCCGUCGCGGACCUCGGCGUGAUCACGCCACUGCGCGACGGGAUGAACACGACGUCGAUGGAGUUCAUUCUCGCACAGGAGCGCACCAAGCGCUCGCCGCUCGUCCUCUCCGAGUUCAUGGGCAUCUCGAGUAACAUGACCGACGCGCUGCAGAUCAACCCCUGGAACCUCGGCGAGGUCGCCGCCGCGAUGAACCGGGGCCUCACCAUGCCCGAGGCGGAGAAGCUCGAGCGCCACCAGCGCCUGUACCGCGUUGUCACGACGCAUACGUCCCACUCGUGGGCCGCGAUGCUCGCCAAGAUGCUCCUCACCCACGUAGGGAGCCAGAACCAGGCGCGCCAGACGCCGUUCAUCCCCAAGGGCAACCUCGAGAAUCAUUACAGGGCUGCGAAAAAGCGGCUGUUCCUCCUCGACUACGAUGGUACGCUCUCGCCGAUCGUGAAGGUGCCAAGCAUGGCCGUGCCUUCGCCGGACACGCUCGAGGCGCUCGAGCGACUGACCGCGGACCCGAAGAACAUCGUGUACAUCAUCUCCGGGCGCGACGGCGCGUUCCUGGAGCAGCACCUCGGGCACAUCCAGAACCUCGGCAUGUCCGCGGAGCACGGCGGGUUCGUGCGCUCGCCCGGCGAGAAGGAGUGGAGCAACUUCACGGAGAACCUCGACAUGAGCUGGAUGGCGGAGGUGCUCGAGGUGUUCAAGUACUACACCGAGCGCACGACCGGCAGCCAUAUCGAGGUCAAGAAGAGCUCGAUUACGUGGCAUUACCGCUCGAGCGACCCGGAGUGGGGUCUCUUCCAGUGCCAUCAAUGUCAAGAUCUGCUCCAAAAUAACGUGGCGCGUAAGCGCCCCAUAGAAGUGCUGGUGGGCAAGAAGAACCUCGAGGUCCGGCCGCUCGCCGUGAACAAGGGCGAGAUCGUGAAGCGGAUCCUCUACUUCCACCCCGACGCCGAGUUCGUAUUCUGCGCGGGCGACGACAAGACAGACGAAGACAUGUUCCGCGCUCUCCUCCUCUUCCCCGGCGACGCCACCAAGGCCCACAUGGACCCGCCGCUCUCGGUCACCCUCAUCGAGAAGGAGCCCGUGGAGAAGUUCCAGCCGGUCGACCUCGCGCUCACGCGCGACUCCGUCUUCACCACCGCCGUCGGCCACAGCAGCAAGCGCACGCUCGCCGCGUGGCACGUCACUGCGCCAGAGGAGGUCGUCGAGCACCUGCUCCUCCUCGUGCGCGACCCCGAGGAGCCGGCGGCGCCCCACAGCAACCUCUAG